AUGACUACAAUGCUGAAACGAAUCCUGAAGGGUCGGAACCAAACCUCAAAAGAAUCUCCGAGCCCACUGGCGUACAAUUCCUAUGGCUUCGGAAACUCCGCGGAUGACCGCACCGUGGGCACGUCUUUCAGCACAUCGAGUGCAAUGAGCGCAGCACCUGUUGAUUACCGGACAAGCCCGCCAGAUGUACACACUACCUCCUCGUCCAUGAGCGUCGCACCAGCCGAAUAUGGAGAGAUUCGCCCCGAUAUCGACCCAUCUAUGUUUAACACGCGGGCUCAGAGGUCGCCGCUCCGACCCUAUAGCGGCGGUCAAUUCCCACCGUUGCCCGAAUACAACCAAUCUGCACCGAGAAAUCAGUAUGACGCCGGUAACGAGCACCAAUACGAAGUUCCUACCCCGGGAUCACUAGUAUCACCGGCUGCGGUCGAUUAUACCAGAGGACCGCUAUUGCCACAGUCACCUUACAGUCACGAACUCGAGUCUCCACCCAUAUCGACACCAGCGGCUGUUAGUUAUAGUCCCGCAUAUUCUGAGAUGUACGGAUCGAUAAAUGCGCAAGUACACCCCCCGCCCCAAAGGCCGCCCCAGCAAUAUGCAAGCUACGGGAAUCCCGGCGAGAAUGUCGCAAACCAAAGACCUCCAUAUAAUUACCAAGAACAUAACUAUGCCCCUCCAAGCCCGAGCACCCCCAAAUACGUCCAUCAAAAUGAAGCCCAGAGGCAACAGCUCCGUUUUGAGAAUGCAUACCCAGAAUCCGGUAAUUCUAGUGCAUCUUCUUUAUAUAGUCAACCAUUUUCAAGCGUUAGCAACUCCACUGCCCCCACAUCAGUAUACUCUCCUGACCGCCCCAAUUUCGUUCCAAAUACCCCAAAUACCCCAAAUACCCCAAACGCUCCAAAAAAUCCAAAUAUUUAUGCGGAUUCCACUACGCCAUCUGCCGAUGAUCCCAAUGUCUCCAAGUUCGCCGUCCGUCUAUUCUGCCAGCGGAAAAGGAAAGAGGAGGAUACGCACGAAGAAAUACCGCGAGAUAUUCGUGAAUUUAGAAUAGCCAAUCUGGCACUAAUUAAGCUUGAAGCUGGUGGGGAGAGGUAUGUACUGCUUGACGCGGUGUUUGGAGAGUUGGAUAAAGCUAUUGCACCCUUAUUGGAAAAGCACUGGUAUCUCACUCUUAACACAAAAAUUGAAGACCAUUACGUCUCUGGUGGAAAGCAUGUGGUGGCCAUAGGGAAUAUCAUGGUGGCGUAUAAGGGAACUCAGUCGACACUAUAUGCUGACUUUAGGAAGGACGAUGAUUAUACGAGAUUUAAACUAGAGAUGGAAUAUGCGAUGAAUACUAUCCGCAAUUCGAACAACAAGAGUAGUUCGCCAAAGAAUGAGAAGCAACUAGCCUCCUUUCCAGAAAAACAACCAAGAUACAGGUAUUAA